GAGUUCGAGAACUUCAUGGCCAUGCUUAGGAAGCUGAAUGUUCAAGUGCCUUUCCUGGAGGCACUAUCUCAAAUGCCUAAGUAUGCGAAGUUUCUGAAGGAGCUUCUUUCAAAGAAGCAGAAGCUGAGCGAGCUGGCCACUUUAGAGCUCAGCGAGGAGUGCUCGGCAAUUCUGCAGAACAAGCUUCCGCAGAAGCAGAAGGACCCAGGUAGUUUUACUAUCCCGUGCUCUAUAGAGAAUUUGCAUGUAGAGAGGUCCUUGGCGGAUCUAGGUGCCAGUAUAAAUGUUAUGCCAUAUAAGCUGUUUAAGAAACUAGGCCUAGGUGAACCCCGUGCUACUAGGAUGAGUCUUCAAUUAGCUGACCGAUCUGUAGUGCAUCCUAGGGGCAUAGUGGAAGACCUUCUGGUUAAGGUUGGCAAAUUCAAUUAUCCUGUUGAUUUUGUGAUUUUGGACAUAAAUGAGGAUGUGAAUGUGCCACUGAUACUAGGAAGGCCUUUCCUGGCCACCGCCAAGGCCCUCAUAGAUGUGCAUGAUGGGACCUUAGUUCUGAGGGAUGGUGAGGAGCGAAUAACAUUUUCAAUUUCUAAUACACAUCCUGCUUCCUCGCCUUUGCAUGCUGUAUCUCACCAGGAGCACGAGUCUGUCGUGUAUCCUCCUGUGCUGCCUAUUUUGCAGGAUCCGCCUCCCAUACCUUCGCCGCCACUCCCGUCCAAUCCGUCAUCGAAGGAACAAAUCAGGGAGGAGUGGCGGCCGAAACAACAGGCAGCUAAGCCUGCUCGGAAGAAGGCCGGAGACCACUAUGAGAUGGUCCCGCCCCCACCUUGGCCAUCCGAGUAUUCACUCGCUUGCAUCCUGCCGGAUGGCCAAGUUGAAUUGGCAAAUGCUGGUGGCCACAUUCGGCGGGUACAUGGCCACCAGUUGAAGUUGUACCUCAAGAGCGAGGUGGAUCCGCUCUUGAAGGCACCUGCUCCUUCACCUCACUGAGCAUCCACUGACUGGCGUCCAGCUAAAAGACGGUAAAGAAGCGCUUGUAGGGAGGCAACCCCGCUGAGGUUUGCAUUUUCUUACUCUUUUUCCUUUGAUUUUGUGUGUUUUUGAGUCUUGAGACGUUGAUCCAGACAAUGUCGUUUUUGAGGGAAAACAGGUUGAUUUCGGGACUCCAACAAGUCGCACGGCCAGGACCACAACUUGCACGGCUGUGCGGGCACCCCCCUUGGCCGUGCGA